CUGUGUUUUCCCAAAAUGGAAAGGCCUGUUCGGCGUUCCUGGGAGCCGUGGGCUCCCCCGUGGGCUCCCCUGGGGGUCCUGCCCGCAGCCGCGUCGCUCAUGCCUGACUCCCUCCCGUCCCAGGCAGAGUCUGAGAUGGCCCUGGACGCCGAGUUCCUGGACGUGUACAAGAACUGCAACGGGGUGGUCAUGAUGUUCGACAUCACCAAGCAGUGGACCUUCAGCUACAUCCUGCGGGAGCUCCCCAAGGUGCCGACCCACGUGCCCGUGUGCGUGCUGGGGAACUACCGCGACAUGGGCGAGCACCGCGUCAUCUUGCCUGACGACGUGCGCGACCUCAUGGACCGCCUGGACAGACCACCGGGCUCCUCCUACUUCCGCUACGCCGAGUCCUCCAUGAAGAACAGCUUUGGCCUCAAGUACCUUCACAAGUUCUUCAACAUCCCCUUCCUGCAGCUGCAGAGAGAAACGCUGCUGCGGCAGCUGGAGACAAACCAGCUGGACAUCGACGCCACGCUGGAGGAGCUGUCGGUGCAGCAGGAGACCGAGGACCAGAACUACAGCAUCUUCCUGGAGAUGAUGGAGGCGCGAAGCCGAGGCCACACGUCCCCGCUGGCGGCCAACGGGCAGAGCCCGUCCUCCGGCUCCCAGUCACCGGUGGUACCUGUGAGCGCCGUGUCCACGGGGAGCUCCAGCCCCAGCACGCCCCAGCCGGCCCCACAGCUGCCCCUCUCCGCCCCCUCUGCCUGCCCCUCCCCACCGUCCCCCUCAGAGGCCCCGCUGCCCCCAGCGCCCCCCGUGGCCCCCGCUCCAGCCCCGAGACGCAGCAUCAUCUCCCGGCUGUUUGGGACCUCGCCAGCUGCCGAGGUGGCCCCUCCCCCCCCAGAUCCGGCUCCGGCUGCAGAGGCCCCAGCGAAAGUCCAGGACGUCGAGGAAUUUGUUCCUACAUCA